AUGCUCCAACACCUAAGUGCCCUCUUGGGGCUCACCAUCCUCGUAGUCUCCGGACAAUACUACGAUACCUCCUACGUCAAUCACAUCGACACCACCGCCAGAAACGGCGGGUCCCUGACCACAACCUUCACGGCGCCUUCGUCGUGCUCAACGCCUAAUCCCGGAAAAUGGCUUGGAUACCCUGCGCUGAUGCAGGCAUGCCAAGGAUCCUACGGCAACGAAUGCUGUCCAGAUGGCUGGAAAUCCGAUGUAUACUUUAGCCCCGGCCGAUGUCCCUACAACUAG